UCCAGGAUCUCCCGAAGAUCAACGUUAACGAUGUGCGUCGUAUUUGCAGGAAAUCAACCACAGCCCCAUCAAGUAAGCUGGAGAAAGGUUUCAAAUUGUAUGCAGCCUCAUAUAUACACAGCUACGAAGGUAAGAAUAUAUCUAAUAUUACACAACUUGCAAUGCUAUUACUGUUAGCUAACUUAACAAACAGAAAUACGUUAAUUUUUCAGCUAACGUUAUGUGUUUUUGUUAAUGUUAUCCAGUAGUAUCAAAUAAAGACAAGCUGUCAGGGGAAGUCAGCAUUAGAGCCUUGUUUUACAGGUCAAUGAAGAAGAACGAGGCCCCACACAGUUUAAUAGUAUGCUAGAGACUUAGGGUUAACCAAGUUCAGGUGUUCAGAUCUGUUCAUAAUGUGUUCAUAUGCAUUCAAAUGUGUUCAAAUGUUUCCUGUUGUUAAACUAUUACAUAUAACAAGGAGGUUUUGCAGAUGGAUCUGAAUAUUGUCAGUCUGAAUCUGUAAUUCUUAAGAUUAUCCGUAUAAUUUGAGUUUAAACAUUAUUCCAUAAACCCAAGUAUUACAAUGUGAUCUGCAUCUGCAAAGCCAUCUUGUUUACUGUUCUACUAACAUUAACAUGGUACUAACUUUGACUCUAUUGUCAGGAAGUAUAAUUGGUGUUGGUUAAUGAUUGUAUUUGUAUUUUUUAGGUUGGACUAAGGGAUGCUUCCCCUGUGGUGCUAACACAAAGCAAGUGCUCAUGUGUGGCAGGCACUGCUUUGUGCAACCAUACUGUUGCCUUACUUUACCAGACAGCUCAUUAUUCCCAACUCAAUAUGUCCGUUGUACCCCCUGUGCUUAGCUGUACUGAAACUGAGCAGUCCUGGCAUAAACCACGAACAAUGGGAGUGAAACCAGGACCCAUCAAUGCCAUGGUCAUCACAAAACCUGUACCAAAUCGUACAGCACAAGGUGGAGUAAGAAGUGGACUCUACAGAGGGAUGGUGGGUGUUUUACCAGAUCCAUGCAUGUUCAGAGUUGUGGAGGCCUAUGCAGAGUUCACCCUUGAGGACAAGCCACUUGUUACCACUAUGAACAUGUCACCUGAAAAGCCACUUGUAGAAAGCGCAUUUGGGAUGGUUCAGGAAGGAAGUAUCUUGUCGUUCCAGCAGCCUGUCUUAACAUCACGGUACAUCAAAUUACACGACGCUCCACCCAGUCCACCUUUGCCUCUGGAAGGAUAUAGUCUUUCUCCAUCUAAAUGUAUGUUUGUUUGCACUGAGGAGCAGCUUUUACACCUUCAAAGUUUAAACACACCAUUAGAUAUGGCUCAGAAAAUUGAAGAGGCAACACGUGACCAAAGCUCUUGCCCUGACUGGCAUCAGCUUCGCAAACCAAGAGUUACAGCCUCCAGGUUUCGGGAGGUGUGCCACGUCAGAGGCCUAAGCUCUGCUGAGUCCCUCUCAGAGCGCAUGAUCAGGGGAUGCCGGCAGGCAGCAGAAAUGAGAAGAGGUGCUGAAAUGGAGUCAGAGGUAACAGUGGAAUACAGCAAGUUGACAAAAGUUAACUACUCACCCUGUGGUCUAAUCAUCCAUCCUGAUGCUCCCUGGCUUGGUGCGUCACCUGAUGGUGUUGUGUUUGAUCCCACUGAAUUAUCCUCAAUUUGGGCUUGA